CAGGGAAGUGUGUCGUUAGCAAGCGUUCGGAAUUUCCAUAUUUUCCUUUCGCUGGAGUAUAACAGCGAGUACAGUCGCAUUCUAACUUCAGUUGAAAUCUGGAGCUGUGCGUUUACUGACUCAGACUUAGAGUUGAAAGUGUGUCUUAGCUAUUGUGAAUCAGUGCAUUUACUACAGAGUUUUUUUAAACAUUAUUCAGCCCGACUGCGAGAGAAGCGCAGCGCGAUUCAACAUGGCGGACUUAGAGCAGAAUGACCUAACUACAGAUGGAGCAGAAUGGAGUAGAAGGCAACACUUCAUAAGCUCUGACCAUGGGUCGAUUUCUUCUCAGUGUGAAAAACAGUUUGCAAGCUACACCGAACGUGUGGAUUCUGGUGUAGGAGAGAGCCUGCGGUCGCACGAAUUUUCUUCCAUUACCGAAGACUUUAACGUGUCCCAAGCACUACGCCUGCAUAGUAGUUUCAGCAGCCUUUCUAUCAAAGACUCAGAAAAAACAAAGGAAGCUGCAGAAGACAAGUGUGAUUCUGGACUAUAUUCUGUAGAGGACAAUCGUAUUUCUUCACCAAUUCGAGUUGCAUUUCCUGAAGUCACCCAAACACAUUACGACAGUGAACUCAGUUGGCAGGAGUUGGAAGAGUUAUUUUCGCAAGACGAGGACGGCGAUACGCAUCUUCAUAUGAGUAUUAUACAUCUUUUACCUGAAGUUUCUCUCCGUAUCAUCUCCAUGGCGCCUUCUCAUGAUCUUAUCAACAUCCCCAACAAUUUGCGUCAGACACCUUUGCAUCUGGCUGUGGCCACAAGACAACUUAUUAUUGCCAGACGCCUUAUGGCAGCAGGAGCUGCCCUUGACUUUCCUGACCAUUGUGGCAACACAGCUUUGCACAUUGCUUGCCGGGAAGGCAUGUUGGAUAUGGUGCAGCUUCUACUGCGCUCUGUCCACUAUGAUGAAACACUCAUGAAUGCAUAUGAAAUUCCUUAUCAGCGUAUUCCACAAGACCUCAGUCUUCGAAACUAUGAUGGUUACACAUGCGCUCAUCUAGCACUUCAAAAUGGCCAUUUACACAUUCUGCACUUUCUUUUGACCAAGGGAGCUGAUGUCAAUGAACAGGAUGGCAAAAGUGGACGAACAUUGCUUCACAUGGCUGCAGACCUGGGGUAUGGAGAGGCUAUGGAUGUACUUCUUCGUCAUCGGAAUCUGAACCUUGAUGCUCGUACAUAUGGGGGCUUGACAGCCGUUUUCUUAGCUCAUGGUCGUCAUCUAAGUGAUAUGGUUGAGCGACUCAUCCGUGCGGGUGCAGACAGUACACAGCUUCUGGAGGACUCUGGUGACUCAGCAGAUGAAGAAAUGGCUGACUGCCUGUAUGAUGACAUCUGUAUUAACGGUCAACCUGUUCAACUCAGCUGAAUCCUGAUAUCUUCAAACUAUACUAUAUAAGAAAGAAGUUAUCAGCCCAUCAAGGAUGGCACUGAGCCACCGUCCAUUCCCCCAGCUGUUCUCCAAUCCUUUCCAGUUAAUACAUAUCAGUCCAGCAGGUCAGAGUUCCUGGACCAGAUGUGGAAUCAGACCAGUUACAGCCUCAGAGCAGAUUAAAAGGAUGAGCAUCUGUGAAUCUUUGGGUGAUUGGACUGAGCUGUACGAGAGGAUUCCGUCCAAUGCUGAACACUGACAUGACAGCUGUGGUGUGGUGAUACAAUGAGGACAGGGCAGAACAAUAUUGAUGAGAAAAGGUGGUGGUGGAAAACAACUUCCUAGUAUGGCCAGCCAUGUUCCAUGUUCUUAGGGCAGUAUUGAAUCAAUUUUUGUGAAGCAGAUUUGUUGAUUGUUGGAUUCAAAAACAUUGCAAGCAUAUUGUUUUCUAUUAUCUUUAAUGAGCUGCAUUCUUGGCAGCUUUGUGCAUGCAGCCUGAAUGAACAUUCUGUUGGAGUAAUCAAACAAUGAUUCUUCAGAGGGUGCUGUGGCUGAAUUGAUUUGUUUAAUUUUGUUUACCGAACUCUUAAAUCACUUCAAUGCUUUUCUGUCUGACCAAGCUAAAUUAACUGGAAAGACUGUCGAUCUUCUAGUUACAAUCUGUAACUGGAGGUACCAUUUAUUGUUUGCUCUAUUCAUUUGUUUCAAAUUAUAGUUUUAAAUUCUUUGACAUAAAUAGGAUGACAGACUACAGCAGUAAAAAUUUCAGUUGAACAAAAAAAACUUUUUCGGUUAGGUCUGUAAUUGAUUUUAGGUGAAAAUAGAGGUUACAGAGCUUUUAGCUAUUCCUUUGUUUGUAAUAAUUUUGUUUCAAACAUCAAUAACCUAAGUGCAAUGAAUAUGAUUUAAACAUAGUAUUUUUUUCUAUAUGUAGGACCACUGAAAUGGAGAGAAAAAUAAAGAUGAACAUGGUUUAUCUUCCAGUGUUAUAUCAGUGAUGAUAUUUGAUUGCAUGAUUUCAAGCAUUUACACACUUUAAUGAAAAUCAUGGCAUCCGAGAGGACCAAGUUUUCCAGGUGUGAUGCUUGAUCUCAUUUGCAUCUAGGAGAAACCUGUUCAUAUUUUUCUUUCUGAAAUUCAGACAGUAGUUAUUGUUUAUUAAAAGAUAGGCAUAAGAUAAAUGGAAACACGAAGGGAAUUUUUUUAAUUAAUAGCAGAGAGCUCAAAAAUGUCUUGCCAAAGCUCCACUCAGCAUAAAAUCAAAUCUUAUGUCUGUGAUACUGCUUGUUUAGAAUAGUCAUGAAUUCGAUGGUGGGGAAAAUCCUGCUUGUUUUUGUUCCUUGCUUAGAAAAUGUCAUUAUUCAAGUGGUGAAUUUGUACUUUAUUAAUUUGAUGUUAGAAGACUAGGGUUAUUGACUGGGAUCACAGAUAUUGCUAGGACAGCCCUUCCUUACACUGGACCAGCAGCAACUAAAUGAUAAUUUAUCCACUGGUGCAGAUACGAAGCUUUAACUUUUAUUUACUUUAAUAAUUUGUACACUUAUUCUUUAGUUGAAAAUUAGCACUCUUUGCUAGUGGAUUUGUAUUUCAGUUGAUAAGCUUACGUAUUUAUCUUUCUACUGGAAACUGUAUUCACUGCACAGUCUGUAUACAUCAGGGCUUCAUAGCCAGGGAAAGUGUGACUGUGGUUGAGGACUGUUCAUUGCUUUAGACUGUACAUAAGCUCAGUAGUGCGGCUGGCAGUGAAAUUUCUGUUGGUCAGCAUAGUUGGCUGUCGUGAAUUGUGUGUAGUAUAUGUAAUCAGCAAGUAUUCUGUUAUCCUAAGUCUUAAUUUAUUCAGUUUGGGUUUCGAUGCUCUUUCAUGGAAAGAAACUUGAAAGUGGAAAUAAAAUGUUCUUUGCAAAGUUCA